CCCAAAACUCUAAAUGGCCGCAAUCGCACAAAAUCCGGAUCCUGAAAAUGAGUCGAAAAAAACUUCUCGUCCGGCUUAAAAUCUUCUCUUCCCCACUCAGCCUUUCCUUCUUCUCUUCCUCUUCACCACUUAUCUGUCGAUAACAAUCAACAUGGCUUCUCGCUCAUUCACCAGACAGCUCCGUGCUGCUGCUUCCAAGUCCUCCAAGUCCGUUUCCGCCGUCCAGCGGAGGACCCUCGUCUCUGCCGCCCGUCAGCUCACCCGCCCUACCCAGGCUCAGCGACAGGCCCCCGCCCAGCAGGUUCGUGGUCUCAAGAUGAUCGACUUUGCCCAGAACGGCCAGCUCGAGAAGGUACACGAGCGUGCUGAGUGGCCCGCUGAGAAGCUCCACGAGUACUUCAAGGGCCAGACCUUUGCCUUGAUCGGCUACGGUUCCCAGGGAUACGGUCAGGGUCUUAACCUCCGUGACAACGGUCUCAACGUCAUCAUCGGUGUCCGAAAAGACGGUGCCUCGUGGAAGGCCGCCCAGGAGGACGGCUGGGUUCCCGGCGAGACCCUCUUCGACGUCGACGAGGCCAUCAACAAGGGUGACAUCGUCAUGAACCUCCUCUCUGACGCCGCCCAGUCCGAGACCUGGCCCCACAUCAAGCCCCUCAUCACCCCCGGCAAGACCCUCUACUUCUCGCACGGUUUCUCCGUUGUCUUCAAGGACCUCACCAAGGUCGACGUCCCCGAGGGUGUCGAUGUUGUCCUUGUUGCCCCCAAGGGAUCCGGCCGCACCGUCCGCUCGCUCUUCAAGGAGGGACGUGGUAUCAACUCUUCGUUCGCCGUCUUCCAGGACGUCACCGGCAAGGCCUACGAGAAGGCCACCGCCAUCGGUGUCGCCAUCGGCUCCGGCUACCUCUACGAGACCACCUUCGAGAAGGAGGUCUACUCUGACCUCUACGGUGAGCGUGGUUGCUUGAUGGGAGGUAUCCACGGUAUGUUCCUUGCCCAGUACGAGGUUCUCCGUGAGCGCGGACACACCCCCUCCGAGGCUUUCAACGAGACCGUUGAGGAGGCCACCCAGUCGCUCUACCCCCUCAUCGGCAAGUACGGUAUGGACUACAUGUACGACGCCUGCUCGACCACCGCCCGUCGUGGUGCUCUCGACUGGUCGCCCCGUUUCAAGGACGCCUUGAAGCCCGUCUUCAACGACCUCUACGACUCUGUCAAGAACGGUACCGAGACCAAGCGGUCGCUUGAGUUCAACGGCCAGGCCGACUACCGUGCCAAGUUCGAGAUCGAGCUCCAGGCCAUCCGUGACCUCGAGAUCUGGAAGGCCGGCAAGGAGGUCCGCAAGCUCCGACCCGAGAACGUCGAGUAAACUAGGAAAAAAGCAAACAAAAAAACCCAAGAAACAAAAAAUAUGACUGAUUUUGAUGUAAAUUCUUUGAAAUGUUGGGAAAAGUUCUUAUGAUCUGUACUUUGCUAUUGACGUUUACAAGCUGUAUCUUUGGAAUGAAUUAGUUAUAUAUAUAUACACGAUUUCUCUUUAUCAUCUUCUUCUUAGUUAUAAUUAUAUCGAAUAUAUUCAGAUAAAUGCAAACAACAAAA